AUGAUGCACCAUUCGGCAGUGUGCUGCAGGGAUGGCAGUGUGCUGCAGGGAUGGCAGUGUGCUGCAGGGAUGGCAGUGUGCUGCAGGGAUGGCAUGCCACUUUUUUGUCUCUUGGGGAUGUUGCUCCUGCCUCGCCCUCUUGUCUCUCCUGCCUCGCCCUCUUGUCUCUCCUGCCUCGCCCUCUUGUCUCUCUGCACACUCCUUAUACCCCUUCAUUUCCCCCCUUCGUUCUCCUUUUCGUUUCCUCGCUCGCUGCGUCCUCCCCUCGCCAGCGGUGCUGCUGGAAACUUCCUCAUAGGAUCCGUGCCUGCGCUGGCCCCCGGAGUGGUCAGACUGGAUCUGCGAAACAACUACCUCACAGACAUGCCAUCGGCGGCCUACCAAUGGUGUGGCGGCACGUCCAACUGCCUCGUGGCGCCCACCAAGUGCACCACCAGCAGCACGGCUCAGCGGCCUGUGGCGGAAUGUGCCAUCUGCGGCACCACCAACGGCAUAGGCCCCAUCUGCCCUGCCACGGGAGGGGUGUGCGCUAUGUCAGCGACUGCCAACGUUGCUUCCGGCGCCGCCAAUACGUUGAGCCCGGCCUCCCUCCGGAUGUACUGCCUGUUCCCGCCUCCGCCUAUCAAGGAUAGCGCAGCCAUGCUGGCCCUCAAGGCGUCGCUGGGCAUCACUCUGACCACGUGGGAUGGCACUGUGCCGUGCAAAGUCGUGGGGCAGACCACUAUGGCCACCGUGUGGACUGGCGUGCUCUGUGACAUGACUGGCACAUACCGGAUGGCUGUGAGCUUCUUUUGCAGCGCUCCCCUCUCCCCCCUGCCUCGCUCUCUCGUCGUGUGUGCCCACCCGUCAUCCGGCCUUCUCCCCCCCCUGGCUGCUCUCUCCCGUGGGCUGGGCAGCAGCGUUGUGUGCAACUACCUGAUAGGCACCGUGCCCGCGCUCUCCGCCGGGCUGCUCACGUUGGACCUGCAACUCAACUUCCUCACGGACUUGCCAGCAGCCGCCUACUUAUGGUGUGGCGCCACGUCCAACUGCCUCGUCACGCCCUCCAAGUGCGCCACCCUCUCCACCGUUCAGAGGCCCCUGGCGGAUUGUGCCUUCUGCGGCACCACCAACGGCGUCGCUCCCUUCUGCUCCGCGGAGGGAGGAGUGUGUAGCGUGGACGCAUCUACAGCCGUGGCGGCGGGCAGCGUGAACGGGCCAUCGACGACCCCGGUCCCUUGGAUAUGCGUGGGCGUGAAGGUUGCGUUUAUGAAAGAUGCCACAGCCAUGCUGGCCCUCAAGUCCUCGCUGGGCGUCACUCAAACCACGUGGGCAUCCACCUCUUCGCUCUGCACGGUCCAGGGGAAGAGCACCACCUACACAACCUGGGCUCGCGUCUUCUGUGACACCACUGGCACUGUCGUGAGCAUCAACAUGUAUAGCAAUCUCUUAUUCUACCGCCUCGAUGCCUUCACCACUCACCUUCGCUCCCUACCAGCGCUGGCCGACAUUGUGCUGCAGGGAUGGCAUGCCAUUUUUUUGUCUCUUGGGGAUGUUGCUCCUGCCUCGCCCUCUUGUCUCUCCUGCCUCGCCCUCUUGUCUCUCUGCACACUCCUUAUACCCCUUCAUUUCCCCCCUUCGUUCUCCUUUUCGUUUCCUCGCUCGCUGCGUCCUCCCCUCGCCAGCGGUGCUGCUGGAAACUUCCUCAUGGGAUCCGUGCCUGCGCUGGCCCCCGGAGUGGUCAGACUGGAUCUGCGAAACAACUACCUCACAGACAUGCCAUCGGCGGCCUACCAAUGGUGUGGCGGCACGUCCAACUGCCUCGUGGCGCCCACCAAGUGCACCACCAGCAGCACGGCUCAGCGGCCUGUGGCGGAAUGUGCCAUCUGCGGCACCACCAACGGCAUAGGCCCCAUCUGCCCUGCCACGGGAGGGGUGUGCGCUAUGUCAGCGACUGCCAACGUUGCUUCCGGCGCCGCCAAUACGUUGAGCCCGGCCUCCCUCCGGAUGUACUGCCUGUUCCCGCCUCCGCCUAUCAAGGAUAGCGCAGCCAUGCUGGCCCUCAAGGCGUCGCUGGGCAUCACUCUGACCACGUGGGAUGGCACUGUGCCGUGCAAAGUCGCGGGGCAGACCACUAUGGCCACCGUGUGGACUGGCGUGCUCUGUGACAUGACUGGCGCGGUCGUCAGCAUCGCUCCCCUCUCCCCCCUGCCUCGCUCUCUCGUCGUGUGUGCCCACCCGUCAUCCGGCCUUCUCCCCCCCCUGGCUGCUCUCUCCCGUGGGCUGGGCAGCAGCGUUGUGUGCAACUACCUGAUAGGCACCGUGCCCGCGCUCUCCGCCGGGCUGCUCACGUUGGACCUGCAACUCAACUUCCUCACGGACUUGCCAGCAGCCGCCUACUUAUGGUGUGGCGCCACGUCCAACUGCCUCGUCACGCCCUCCAAGUGCGCCACCCUCUCCACCGUUCAGAGGCCCCUGGCGGAUUGUGCCUUCUGCGGCACCACCAACGGCGUCGCUCCCUUCUGCUCCGCGGAGGGAGGAGUGUGUAGCGUGGACGCAUCUACAGCCGUGGCGGCGGGCAGCGUGAACGGGCCAUCGACGACCCCGGUCCCUUGGAUAUCCGUGGGCGUGAAGGUUGCGUUUAUGAAAGAUGCCACAGGUGCGCAGGGGGGAGUGGGCACGUACAGUACAGGCAAUGUUGAUGCAUGUUCAAUUAGGGCGUAUGAGAAACGGGGCUGUCACGGUGUAGCGGCGUUGUCCGAUGAGCGCGGUGGGUGCCCCUUGGGGCUGUGGUGCCCCUUGGGGGGCUGUGGUGCCCCUGUGGUGCCCCUUGGGCUCCUUGGCCUUCCCCCGCACCCUGCCUCCACUUGCCCAUGCGCUCCUUGCCCCUCCCCCACUCCUCCCGCUGCUCGCCUGGCUGUCCAUUUCCCCGCGCCUUUCCCCGCGUGUCCCCUGCAGCCAUGCUGGCCCUCAAGUCCUCGCUGGGCGUCACUCAAACCACGUGGGCAUCCACCUCUUCGCUCUGCACGGUCCAGGGGAAGAGCACCACCUACACAACCUGGGCUCGCGUCUUCUGUGACACCACUGGCACUGUCCAACAUGUAUAGCAAUCUCUUAUUCUACCGCCUCGAUGCCUUCACCACUCACCUUCGCUCCCUACCAGCGCUGGCCGACAUUGUGCUGCAGGGAUGGCAUGCCAUUUUUUUGUCUCUUGGGGAUGUUGCUCCUGCCUCGCCCUCUUGUCUCUCCUGCCUCGCCCUCUUGUCUCUCUGCACACUCCUUAUACCCCUUCAUUUCCCCCCUUCGUUCUCCUUUUCGUUUCCUCGCUCGCUGCGUCCUCCCCUCGCCAGCGGUGCUGCUGGAAACUUCCUCAUGGGAUCCGUGCCUGCGCUGGCCCCCGGAGUGGUCAGACUGGAUCUGCGAAACAACUACCUCACAGACAUGCCAUCGGCGGCCUACCAAUGGUGUGGCGGCACGUCCAACUGCCUCGUGGCGCCCACCAAGUGCACCACCAGCAGCACGGCUCAGCGGCCUGUGGCGGAAUGUGCCAUCUGCGGCACCACCAACGGCAUAGGUCCCAUCUGCCCUGCCACGGGAGGGGUGUGCGCUAUGUCAGCGACUGCCAACGUUGCUUCCGGCGCCGCCAAUACGUUGAGCCCGGCCUCCCUCCGGAUGUACUGCCUGUUCCCGCCUCCGCCUAUCAAGGAUAGCGCAGCCAUGCUGGCCCUCAAGGCGUCGCUGGGCAUCACUCUGACCACGUGGGAUGGCACUGUGCCGUGCAAAGUCGUGGGGCAGACCACUAUGGCCACCGUGUGGACUGGCGUGCUCUGUGACAUGACUGGCACAUACCGGAUGGCUGUGAGCUUCUUUUGCAGCGCUCCCCUCUCCCCCCUGCCUCGCUCUCUCGUCGUGUGUGCCCACCCGUCAUCCGGCCUUCUCCACCCCCUGGCUGCUCUCUCCCGUGGGCUGGGCAGCAGCGUUGUGUGCAACUACCUGAUAGGCACCGUGCCCGCGCUCUCCGCCGGGCUGCUCACGUUGGACCUGCAACUCAACUUCCUCACGGACUUGCCAGCAGCCGCCUACUUAUGGUGUGGCGCCACGUCCAACUGCCUCGUCACGCCCUCCAAGUGCGCCACCCUCUCCACCGUUCAGAGGCCCCUGGCGGAUUGUGCCUUCUGCGGCACCACCAACGGCGUCGCUCCCUUCUGCUCCGCGGAGGGAGGAGUGUGUAGCGUGGACGCAUCUACAGCCGUGGCGGCGGGCAGCGUGAACGGGCCAUCGACGACCCCGGUCCCUUGGAUAUGCGUGGGCGUGAAGGUUGCGUUUAUGAAAGAUGCCACAGGUGCGCAGGGGGGAGUGGGCACGUACAGUACAGGCAAUGUUGAUGCAUGUUCAAUUAGGGCGUAUGAGAAACGGGGCUGUCACGGUGUAGCGGCGUUGUCCGAUGAGCGCGGUGGGUGCCCCUUGGGGCUGUGGUGCCCCUUGGGGGGCUGUGGUGCCCCUUGGGCUCCUUGGCCUUCCCCCGCACCCUGCCUCCACUUGCCCAUGCGCUCCUUGCCCCUCCCCCACUCCUCCCGCUGCUCGCCUGGCUGUCCAUUUCCCCGCGCCUUUCCCCGCGUGUCCCCUGCAGCCAUGCUGGCCCUCAAGUCCUCGCUGGGCGUCACUCAAACCACGUGGGCAUCCACCUCUUCGCUCUGCACGGUCCAGGGGAAGAGCACCACCUACACAACCUGGGCUCGCGUCUUCUGUGACACCACUGGCACUGUCGUGAGCAUGUGA